AAAAAGAAGAGGAAUUAAACGAUCAUAUUCUACAUAACAGUGCUCAUCUCUAGCAACUCGUUCGUCAUUGCUCGUUGUAUUCUCGUAGGUUAAAUCGAGAAAUUUAGCUUAGCCAUAUUCACUAAGAAUCAUGGCGAUUGUUUCUGCUAAAAUGACUCUUAAUUCUGUACUAAAGCAAACUUUGAAGCAGAUUGUCUUCACAAGACAACUGCCGAAAUACCAAAGCUAUCAAUUGACCAGUCAGAUAUUCCUGCCGAAUGUCAGUAGCCAAAGAUUUUAUGCAGAAAAGAAGGUAUUCUCCCGAGUCAAACCACAUUGUAACGUAGGUACUAUUGGGCAUGUAGAUCAUGGCAAAACAACACUGACAGCGGCUAUUACUAAAGUAUUGGCAGAGAAGGAACUCGCAACAGCAAAACAAUACAGUGAGAUAGACAAUGCUCCUGAAGAAAAAGCUCGUGGUAUCACUAUUAAUGUCGCACACAUCGAAUACCAGACGGAAAAUCGUCAUUAUGGGCACACAGACUGCCCAGGUCAUGCUGAUUAUAUCAAAAACAUGAUCACAGGAACGGCACAAAUGGACGGCGCUAUUCUGGUUGUUGCUGCGACCGACGGCACCAUGCCACAGACCAGAGAACACUUGCUCCUGGCUAAACAGAUCGGUAUCUCGCACAUCAUUGUUUUUAUUAACAAGGUUGAUGCUGCUGAUGCGGAAAUGGUAGAAUUGGUAGAGAUCGAAAUACGAGAGUUGCUUUCCGAAAUGGGUUACGACGGUGAUAACAUUCCUAUAUUGAAAGGCAGCGCGCUUUGUGCGCUUGAGGGAAAGAAUCCUGAAAUCGGCUCACAGGCGAUUAUGCAGCUAUUAGACAAAGUGGACAGUUAUAUCCCGACUCCAGAGCGAGACUUGGACAAACCUUUCUUGAUGCCUGUAGAGAAUGUUUAUUCCAUCCCUGGACGUGGCACCGUGGUCACUGGUAGACUAGAGCGCGGAAAGAUAAAAAAGGGAAUGGAUUGCGAGUUUCAUGGUUACAACAAGUCGUACAAAAGUGUGAUCACGGGUGUAGAGAUGUUCCACCAGAUAUUGGAGGAAGCACACGCCGGAGAUCAAUUGGGCGCCCUGGUGAGAGGUGUAAAGAGGGAUGAUAUCAGGAGAGGCAUGAUAAUGGGUAAACCCGGCACUUUGAAGGUGCACGAUCACUUGGAGGCGCAAAUAUAUCUGUUGAGUAAAGAGGAAGGAGGUAGGAAGAAACCCAUCGCGAAUUUAAUACAAAUGCAAAUGUUCAGCAAAACGUGGGACAUUGCGGCGCAAUGCACGAUAAUAGGCGGUAAAGAGAUGGCCAUGCCGGGAGAGGAUUGCACAUUGGAACUGAAGCUGCUGAAGCCAAUGGUAUGCGAGAAAGGUCAGCGUUUCACGCUGCGAGACGGAACGUUGACUUUAGGUACUGGUGUGAUUACCAACACCUUGAAGAGGCUUUCGGAUGAAGAACGAACGAGCCUUCUCGAGAGUAAGAAGCAGAGGGAAAAGAAGGAGAAACAAAAACAAAAGCAAUAGAUUAGAGUUUAAAAACUAUUUGUUACCCGAUGAAAAAUAAAAAAAACAUAAGUAUUGUAUUGGGAGAAAACAGUAUGUAAAAGAUCCAAAUUACCGAGUCGCGAUUGUAUUUUAUUAAAUGGAUGUCUACCAAAAUGUCACAUUACUUUAAAAAGAAAACCAGCUUAACGAGCGCGCGAAAAGCGUGCGACCAAUGCGCAGAUCAUUAUGUAUUUAAGGACGCAGCUAUAUAUCGCGCGUCAUAGUUCCCAUAAUUUUAUUUGUUCAAAGAGAAAGGUGUAGAGCUUGCAUCAUUAUUGAAAAUCAGAUGUAUUAUAAAGGCGUGUUUAUUAAUCACCUCCAUUCUUUCCUUCAGUUUGUAUGCAACUACAUUGAUACAUUGUACGAGUAAAUUCUUAAAUAAACGUUAGUAAUGUGUAAUAAACCGCGCGUGAUUACACUAACGAUUAACACACGAAUCGAAUUAUUUAGCAAUUAUAUGUAACGAUAUACGAUCCCAUUACACUGUAUACCCGUACAUACAUCCAUAUAUAUAUAUAUAUAUUUUUUUUUUUU